AUGUUCGAAGAAUCUUUUACCACCCUUUCCAGCAUGUCUGAGAAGCCAUUGCACAAGUCGGAAGAAGACAAUAGCAACAGCAGUUGCAACAGUGACGACAAGUCACCUGUCUCGAGAGAACAAGAAAUGAAACGAAAACUUGCUGCAACGCGCAACAUGAAAAUGUUGGCACGUCACGAGGACAUCAACCCACUCCCUGAAGAUGAUGGUAUUGGUGCUUUCAACAUGAUCCCAGGAGCAUUGAAUACGGACAUGUUCGAUUCCGAUGUCUUUGGUGAUCUGGACUUUUAG